AUGCCGUUUCUGUUUGAUCCUUCUUCAUUCCCUUUGAUGCCUGAGCCCGAGCCUAUCCUACAAGAGGACAUGGACACACUUACCAGCCAAAUCAAAGAGCUCGAGUUGGAAAACACUCAACUACGAGUCGAACUCAAUCGCGCCAAGGAACGUAACCACGUCUUGGAGGAUAAGGGUAAGCAAGUCUGCGAAAAAUUUAAGGAUAGCAAGAAAAGGCUCCGAUUAGCCGAGGGACAAAGAGUUUGGGUUGGUGGAGCUUUACAAGGAGCUAAUUCUGAGCUAGAUUUCCGCAACGAGGAGUUGGAUCGAGCAUCCCGAAUCAUCAAGGACCUUGAAAAUACUGUCGAGAGGUCUAAUGCCAUGAAGAAAGAAGCAAGGGAAGAUUACGAGGCCCAAAUUCUCGAACUAAGGACCACUCUAAAAGAGCAUAAGGAUUUGCUAGCCAAGGAGCAACUAGAGAAAGAAAAGAUUCAUCGAAGCUUCAUGCGUGAGCAGUUCAACCUUGGACGAGCUUGCGAGCAAAUCAAGAACUUGAAGAGGGGAAUCUAUGACCAAGCCUAUGUAGAAUUGCAAAACAACUGCAGACAUUGGGAAAAGCGUUGCUAUGAAUUCGAAGCUGCCAUUGUUCAAAGGGACGAAAUCAUCCAUAAUCUCCAAGUCCUUUACGAAGAAUGGAGGGACAAGUACACCAACAUGACCGUGUUAACCAACUAUGCCCUUCAAGACUUUCCUGACAAGUUGAAGGAGGCAGAUCUGAUCAUGUGCCCAGAUAAUACCCCUAAAGGGGUCUACCACUUCGUCAAGUUCUGCAAAAGAACAAUGGCCGAACUCAUCACCGACAUUGAGGCUCUCCGCAAGUCUCAAGGGGUCACUUUUAGGGUGGAUAUCUAG